UCAGGAGUAUGUUUAAUUUGUGGUCUGACAUUCACAAUGUGUGUUGUAGUGAAAUGCAGGGGUAGUUUUUAACGGGCUGCUUCCAAAUGUUUGAUUUACUGGUACCAUACUGGUACAUGUAUGUUGUCAUACCAGCUCCAUAUUGACCAUUAAUAAGGUCAUCCGUUGUCCCCAGUCAUUUUCUCUAGCACCAAAAAAGUUACUCUUUUCAUCUGACACCCCAUUAAGAGUACAUAAAACAUGACAGUGGUCAAUUGUUACGCAAUUUAAAGUUACACAAUGAAAAGUGUACAUGUGCACUGGCAGUCAACCUCGGCCCCAGCAUAUGUUUUGUACACUUACGAAAAUUGAGGAAAAAUUGGAAGACUCCCAAACCUUCCAUUUUCAGACAUUUGUUAACUAAAUGAAGGCCAAAGACUUUGGUACAUGUGUAUGUAGUUUUUUUUGUUUUUUUUUUAGCAAAUCAGGUACCGGUAUUUUCUUGACAUUGGAGCACUAAGGUGCAGCUAGUAUGGCAACCAUACAAUACAAUGUACACUGUACAUGAUGGACACCCAAUGAAGUCUAGUUACAAGUCUGUUAUUCAUUUAUACAGAUACAUGUACAAGUACAAUACCUAUUGUGAUGAGACUUGUUACAUUAAUUUCACACAAUGUUGUCAUUGAUACUACAUGUACUUGUACCCGCAGAUAAAGGUCAAUGAAGUUUUAUACAGCUAUAAAGUUUGAAAUGAGGGCUCAUGUACAUUGAGGACUCAUACAAGAAAGAAAAUUGUGUACACAUACCCGGUACAUGUCCUUGUGCAAUCCUCACUCAUUGUGAAAUAUUUUUUUAUUACAUGCUGGUUCAAAUUCCUCUUCAAUACAUGAAAUGGUGCCAUUGUUAGAAAAAUGUUAGUUUACAAGCAUACAACCAUACCCUAUCUGCGAACAAAAUAUUUCACAUUAAAAAUUCAUUGCAGAUUGAAAUGAUACAAGCAUGAUAGCUUUCAAGGGUGAUUUUACAUUGGUGCAUUUUUAAUUUGAUACAUGUAGGUUUCCUUAAAAAGACAUACAUGUACCAAAAAGAACAAGACCAAAGAUUAAUUUGUUCCACAUCAUCAUGUAUGAGAUGCAUUCUGUGUCUAUGCCAAUUUAUCAAAUAUCUGAAUGUGAUCCAGAUGGCUGUACUCAAGCCACUGAUGUGAAUUAGGAUGAUAUGGUUGUGACGAUGUGAAAAAUAAAAGACAAAGUGGUAAAAAAACCUGUUCUUCUGACUGCGGGCCUGGUGGUUUAGCUCAGAAAGGCUUCGUUGCCCUCGACUAAUAACCCAAUAAUCAUUCCACUUCUCAUGCUCAGUGCUACAGCAUGGCCAUCAGGGGAGUUGGGCUAAUGGUAAAUAGAGGUCAUUAAAUGUGAUCAGGGCUUGGAAUGGGAAGUGGCCAUUUGUGAGAAUAAUGAAUGAGUGGACUGAAUAUUUGAAAUCAUGAAUACCUGGCAUGUUCCGGCUUGGAGUAUCUGAGUGGUAUUGUGAGUGUACGGGAAAUUGGUACAAAUGCAAGGUACUUUUUACAUACAUGUACAUGUACGUUCUGAAUUAUGACAGUAUGCAUUAACACAAAGAAAUAAAUUUAUAUUAAAAGAUGCUAUUGAAAGAAUAUAUACCGGUACAUGAAGUACAUAUAACCAAAACAAUAUUUAAACAAAAGUAAAAUCUAAUACACAAAAGGAAGUGUAGGGUGGUGUAUGGUAGUUUAGUGAGGGACCAACAAUAUGCAGUUUAUGGUUGGAAAGUUGCUCUCUUCCGUACAAAUGCCGGUAAAUUGAAAUUGGAUGUAACUCAUUACGUCUUUAAAAUUAUGUAAGAGCUUCAAACCACAGGUCGAUUGAUCAUGCCUAGUGCAUGUUCCAAUGUGAAGUUGGAAAUACAUGUACUGUAAGUUGUUCUUUACAUUGUCAAAUUGUAAGAGCGCCCUCAGUUGACAGAUGAGAUUCAGAGGGAUCUACAUAACAUGUAUCAUUGUAUGCGUACUAGCCCUACUCUGUUUUUUUUGUACACACGGUUUUGAAUAAAUUUACAUUUCGAAAAAGCUUUCGGAAGCACAUUGCAACAAUCUUCUGCUGUAUGUACUCAACCUGUUUUCAGCUUGGGUAGUAAUGAAGCUACUGGUACAUGUUUCAGUUGUCAUGCUGAAAGAAUUAAAAAAGCAACAACUUUAUUGGAUGUAAUUCUGAUUGGACAAACCUACAAAUGUAGAGACUUUUUCCAGCCAUUUACUAGCACAUGCAAUUGUCUGGACUGAAGUCACACAUGCUCAGUUAAAUUAUGCAAAUUAAAGAAAUGUGAUUACUGAAAUGAAAAAUCUUACUAUCAAUCCUGUUUCCUGACAGGGACUUGUCUCUGUUAUCAAAUUACAGGGACUGGGUACACUGCACAUGUACAUGUACAUACUGCUGUAUGUUAAUUCUUCACCCAGAAGUGGAGACAGGGUACAUGUACCGUAGGUAGAACCCGCAUACGUGUACUUCUGAAUGGAUCCUUGAGUGGGCAGUCUCUGCAGACAAAAUCUUCAAGUGACUAGGAUUUGUUCAUCUUGGGAGCAUCCCACUGUAAGAAGUGAACUGAAUAAAUACAUUUGAGGAGCAUCCCAUGAGGUUCUUGAGGAAUUGAUCUUUUUGUCACCUGUCGGAGUACAUUGUACUGUUGGUAGCUGCCAUCUUGACAGCUAAAUCCUAGGACAGGAGCACUGAGGCGUCUUCCUUGUCUCUGGAGUCAACUAAAGGUAUGUAUGACUCAUGUGAUAAGUACAUUCUGCCAUCCCAUGUCUUCCAUUCUCAUUAUGAUAUAGUUUGAAUCAGAGGCAAUUUGUUUGCUUGUUGCUGAGAAGAAAAGGGUUUGAAAAGAUGUCAAUGGACUACAGCAAACAAAAGUGCCUGGUGUGCGGGGACAAGGCGAGUGGCCUUCACUACACUGUGGUGUCCUGUGAAAGCUGCAAGAGUUUCUUUGGCCGAAAGAUCAAGAGCAAGGCCAAGUUCACCUGUGAAGCCAAUGGCAACUGCGUCAUGGACUUGUACACCAGACGACACUGCCCGGCCUGUCGAUUAAAGAAAUGUCUAGAUGUUGGCAUGAAACCAGAGAGGGUGUGGGAUGAAAAACGUCUUGAGACAAGAAAACCACUGGAGCGCAAGAAUAAGAAGAAAAACAACCAGGUACCUCCUCCACCCCCUCCUCAGCAGCUAGCCCCACCUGUCAGCACAUCGGUGUCCACCCCCGAAACCACACCUGUGCUGAGCAGAGAUCAGGAGGAGUUAAUAGACAGUUUGAAGAAGGCCAAGUAUGACGCUCUUCAUACCAGUGCACCAGUUAAACCCACUGGGCGAUUUGAUGAAAUCCUUCAAAAGAUGAUGGAAGCUCUAACGGGUCAGUCUGGGAUGCCUCCAGGAGGUGGAAUGAUGGAUAUGAGUAACAUGAUGAAAUUCCCCGGCUUCUGUGGUAUGCCUGGACAUAAACAGAACGGUGUGAGGCCUCAUGGACCUAUGGACCUCAGUCAGUUAUGCCCUCCUAUGGCACCUGGCUUUAGUGGGUUUGACAUGAGCCAAUUACCAGGAGAGAACUGCAAUAACUCGUCCUCAGAACACUCCUCAGAGUCACACCCAGAGACAGCCCCCCCACAACCAGAGAUGCGCAUUAAACAAGAGGUGGUGGACAUGGGGUAUGAAAAUAUAAGCGACAAGCACGGUUCAUCUUGCAUGGGUAACGUAGAACUUAAACCAGAGGCUAGGGUUCUGCCCGCUUCAGCUACUCACAUGAAGCCCUGCAUAACACAGGAGAUGAUCAUCUACAACAUGACCUUGUUGGGCGUGGUCAUCCGACAGACUGUCGCAUUCACUAAAGCCAUACCUGCCUUCAGGAAUCUAUCCUAUGAAGACCAGGCCGUUCUGGUCAAGAAUGCCAUCCUGGAAAUCCUCAUGAUAAGGUGCGCGGAGAACUACAUUCCAGAGCGCAACUCCAUCGUUGAUGACAUCACAGGGAGUGAGUGGAGCAUUGAGGCCAUGCUAGCAUCUGGCUUUGCCACCUCAGCCCAGCCUUCAUUGAAGUUUGUACAAGCUCUGCACAGCAUGCAGCUGACUAAGGAAGAGUAUGCGUUACUGCAGGCAAUCACGAUAAUAUCACCUGAUCGGCCAGACAUUGAAAAUCAUGAAGACGUGGAGAGGAUCCAACGACCCAUGGUGGAGACCUUGCAGAUGUUAACUAAGGUCAACCAUCCUGAAGACAAGGUCUUCUUUGCUAAGCUGAUCAUGAAGCUGACGGAUGUCAGAGACUUGGUUACAAGGCACAUCAACGACCUGAUGCAGAUGAAGCUGCCCGACUCACAGUUUGAGAACCUCUUCCCACUUAUAACAGAGAUUUUCAAUGUCUGAUGACCGGCAAGGAAGGGGGGAGAUGGGAAAGCCAAGUGAGCUCAGGAGGAAGUGGGGUCUGUGCCAAAACGAACAGAAAUGACAAACUUUCUCGCACAUGUAUUGGACAAAUCAUCAAUGUGUUUAUAAUCUGGGCAGUGAAUAGCUAUCAUCCAAGAGAUGUGGCAUGCCAUGGACCUGAAAUUGUAUGGCAUAUGCAAGCUUUUGGAUUAAAACUAAAAGCUGACCUAGUGUUCUUUAAGUGAUAGAACUAUAUGUGUCUUAAGGUCGUAGUUAACAAACGUAAAAGGUCUCUAAGUGUAUUAGACUAGCGCACUGAAUAAGAGACAAAAGAAAGAUUAUUAUAGAGGCACGGUGAAUGCAUGACCUCAACCACACCAGAAUGUCAAACCACAGAACAAAUCCACACUCAACGCUUUAUACACACCCAGUCAUGGCAGCAAUCGGGAGUGGAAGACAGUGAUGAAAGUAACAAGGAACAGAAGAAAAUGGUCGUGCAGACAGGACACCAGACCUGACGUGAAUGCAAAUAGAGUAGCCUUUCUAACCUGGUGCCCAGGAUCAACCAGUGCCUCAAGGCCUUGUGAUGUCAUCUUUUGGUAUUGCUGCAAACCUCACCUGAAGCAUGCCCCCUAGGCCCAGCCAAUUAAAGCCCAGGAAUGAAGGCAAUGUGGUUCAUAGCAACCAAUAAAAUGUCGGGAGUGAUGAGGUUUGUACCAGCCCUCGUAUCAAAUCACCAAGGACAGGUCUCCAUCGAAAUUUGUUGCUUGCUCCCCAAAAGACCUGUAGACCUGCCAUUGUAAACCAUACAAAUGAAGUUUCUUUUAUCCGUUGGAGGAGGGGUAAAUGAAUUUCUUCUUGGCUAAAAGGACAAUAAAACUAUUUUAGACACUUUAAUUUUCCUCUCAGUCAUUCUAAUUUGUUGGUCAGUGUAUUUUAAGCUUGUUGAAGGGCAGAAAAAGACUAGCAACCUCAAAAUACCAAAUUAAAGGUUCGGGAUUGAUGGAAUGAUUAUCUUCAACCACAAAAAUCUACACCAUGCUGAAUAAGAAACACCUAAAGUCACAUAUGCCUAGAAUGUUCGCACACUGACCUAACAGGGGUUGGUGGUGUUACCGUCUGUAUUUUGAAGAGAAAACAAACCAUGGGAAGAAGCCUCUGAAGUUAAUAUUUGGGGAAAAAAUGAUGGGGAAGAGAAUGGAUUUGGUUGAAAUUGUUUGUGCUUCCAGAGAUGUAUUAGUGAUGUGCCAAAAGUUAAUUGCCAACAAUGUCAGAUGAAAAGAUGAGAUGUAGACAUCUUUGGAUGUGCAAACUAUUGAAUAUGUAUUUGCAACAUUGACAAGUCGUUAAUUGAUGUUCCUCCUGGGUUUUUAACAUUCACCAAUCCUGCACAGAUUCUGUGUGUUGAGGUAAUGCCAGCCUAGUCUAGCAGUAAACGUGAUUGGUUGCUAUGGACAUGUACAUAUGAUUUUUAUGUAAAAAAUAGGUUUUUGAUGAUGAUUAAUGCCUUAAUUAUGUGAAUUUGAAUUCACCAAUGUUUGAAAUGAAUUAUACCCAAUCACAGAUUGUGGACAGGCUUUAUUUUCUAAGUUGUAAAUCUUGAAUUUCCUUGUUUUUAAUCUGGUCUCAUUUGUGGCUUUUUGGUAAAAAAUUGUGUCCCUGUGAUAUUUCGUAUAUUUUUCCCCUCUGGACAUUUUCUUGUUCUCUCGUGGGUUCCAAAACAACUGCAGUUUUCACUUAAUAAGGGCUGUAUUACAUCGGAUUGGAUAGAACAUGCAGUAGUCAGUAGGCUGUCAGCUUUGCAUAAUUUACUUUCCAGUCCUAGCCCAACUAUCUACCUCAUGAUAAAGGAGAUACAUGUUUGUUCAACCGGAGAUAGCAAAUGAAACAAGCCUAGAUAAGUUGCCAUUCCUGGUUUAGUGUUAACAGGUACUUAAAAAAUCUUGAUACCAUGCUGAGAAUAACUAUUUGUAGUGGAGAUGUAUUGUAGCUCAGAACACAACGUUGCUUAGCCCAAAGUUUUAUUUCACAAAAAAUCAAGCUGCUAGGCCAAAAAUCGUGCGAUGUAAAUUGCCUGGGAGCAGAUUGAGCAAAUGUUCAGCCAAUCAGACUUAUUUGCUUGGCUCCAGUUUAGCUAAGCAGUAAAGUAAGCCUGCCAGAUAUACCACUCAUGUAUACAGACUCGAAGAUUAAGUUCCAAAACUAUAAACUAUGAUUAAGAAUCACUCUUGGGCAUCAAGUAACAGUUACACAUCAGACAAUAUUAUGUUUCAUUUUGACGAUUCUUAUUUUGUUAUUCCUCAACAAAAAAUUUCCUCCAUAUUGGACAUGAUUAACAAUCCCAUGCAUGUGGACAUUCUACACCAUGUGAAUCUUGCACUCCGAAAAGCGUUCACCAAUAUUAUUUGAAAUCAAAUAUUUUGUUGAUGGAUUACUUUUUAAACUUGGCAAUUUUUCUCAACCCAAAAUAAUCACAGUAAGGAGAUGAUGAACAAUAAUAAUACAAUUCAUGAUUUUUUUUCCCCAAGUGAGGUCUGUAGUUUUCCUCUGACCUGUCAUAACUUUCUGGUCUUUCUUUCCUGUUUCUAUCCUGUUUCCUUUCCUUUCACUUUCUCAGUUUUCCCUGACACUUCUUCCUGCGCUGCCCUACUUCUCGUAACCUCGAUCCUUGGCCUUGAAAGUCAGAGAACGUUGAGUUAUUGUGCUUUCGUUUGAGACCCAAUUGCUCUACCAAAUUACAGUGUCUUUCACCUUUGUGUCAAUUUCUUCUACAUUUACAGCUUCAACAACUGAAAGUCGUAUGUGCAGCUUGCUGACAGAAAAAAAGUUUUUAUCUCUUUAGAGAUAAAUUCUGUCUGAUUUGUUAAGACUACAGAACCUGUGGUUUGAAAAUUCUCAUGCAGUAUGAUUUGGAUCACAGCCUGCUUUGAGUGCAAAAGUUGUGUGUCUUUAUAUCUUUUAUUUUCUUCAAUAGGUGGCUGAGAUGUAAUUUAGUACUGCAGGUUUCUUAGCUUCCAACACAAUAUUCACUGUCCAAAUAGAUAUGGGUUUUUCUAAAUUAUGAUCAAUAAACUGCCCGAGGUGUAGCAAAUCACAAGAUGGUUAGAGUUGAGCCGCUUCGGUUUCGGCAAAAUGUUGAGACUACCAUUGUGUGCCAUUCCAGAUGUGUGUUUUUCUUAAGAAUGGUAUUCAUCUGUCUUGAAGAGGCUAGCCACAGAAAUACAAGAAAGUGCAAACAUGUAUGAAAGUACAGCCCAUAAACAAAACCAAACAAAAAGCCUGGGGUGAUAUAAAUGGAUGGGUUGAUCACCAUCAAGAUUGAUGAUGUGAAAGAAGAGAGAAACAGGUAGGCACCAUAGCAGUCAGGUGCAGCAUUCCAUCCGAAUUUUGUCUUUGCAUGGUUUGUAUCAGACUUGACGUCUCAAUUAACCUCAUGUUGUCUGAGCUCGCUGAUCCCCCGCCACCUUGUGCCAUUUGUUCAUAUUGUGCUAUUUAUUUGUGUUCCAAAUUGUAUAUGACUGUCUGUGCAUCAAGUAUUUGUCACGUUUGGACCCUGAAUGAGUAAAUGGUACAGAUAACAAUGAUACUGUUCCUUGCAAAGAAUUAUGUCAUGCAGAGAUGUAUUGUUCCGAAUAUUUUUUUUUUUUUUUUCUGAAAAGCUUAGGAACCUCAGUAGGCAACUCCAGCAGUAUUAUGCAGGCUAAUGCAAUGUGAGAGUUCACAAUGUAAAAUAUUCAUGUGGUGUUCAGUUUUUUGCAGUAACAAAUGGUAGAUCCACUUGUAACGUUUCUUUACGAAAGUUAGUGUACAUGCACACUACACUUAUUUUGCAUCCCUGAGUAGGUUAUUCUGACUUUAAAACAUUGUACCGAAUGGACGUUGUGCCAAAUUUUGGGCCAGUCACUGCCCUGUUUUAUUGAGAGAUUGUUGAGAUUGAUGUUAUUAAAAAGAAUACACACUAGUUGAAAAAACUGCUGCACUGACCAAAAAAACUGAAAUAUAAUGAAUGUGACCAUUUGGAGGUAGUGAUAAGCAUUAGUACAGUUGUGUUGUAGAAUUUCUUUCCAUGGCGGUUGUUGGACAAAAUAUGAAAAGGGGAAAAAGAAACUAUUCUGGUCAAGUUUUGUUACAUGGACAAUUUCCACGAUCUGUAAUUUGGGGGAUGUAUUACUGUGGGCUUCCAGACUGUUAGGGGGGAUGGCUCUGGAUUCCAGAUGACCAAAUUGUUCUUUUCAACUGUCGUUAAAAAUUUUAUGUUUGCGUGAUUACCAAGGCUUUUCACAUUAGUUAUGAUAUCUGAUGAUAGAUAGCAGGGAAGUAUACAAUAGCUCUCUAGACUCCAUGUAGGGCACAAAUCAAACUGAAUAUUGUCACAGUUUCCCUCAGCGAUCGCAUCAGAGUAUGAAGAAGUGGACUGGAUUUUCAGAUACUAUGUCUCCCAAUCGUUGCCAGUCGCCAAUCUUUCGGUAGCCAAGGCGGUGUUUUCAGGAUCACUGCUAGGAAGCACAGGCCAUGCAUUACAUUUUAAAAUAGACAUUAGCAUGGUGAGGUUUCAAAAUCUCUUUCCCAUUUUCUGUUUACAGGGAUUUUUCGUUUGACGUCAACAACAGCCAUGAUCAUUUUUUUGUACAUAAAUGAGGGAAUAUACUGUAGCAAUGUUGUGGUUAUGCAUGCAUAGUUUGGUGUUUAAAAUUGGCAGAAAUAUGUUUUAAUUACAAGCAUGUCUUCUGCUUACAAGGAGAACCUUGUUCACUGAUAACCAAGCCAAACCCUUGUUUGAAGAACUAAAGCCAUUCAAACACAACAAUUUUCAAUUAUAGGUUGACAUUUUCAGUUGUAUACUGUUACAUGGACACAUUGUGUACCUGUCAUUUGUAAGCCAAUUGCCUGUAGGUAUUAGACGCCCCCAUUUCUUCUUGUACAUUAUGUACAUAGUGAUUAACAUGAUACUGUAACUGUGUGGACCGUGUUGAGUUGAUACCCCUGUAAGGGGGGCAAUUGUUGUUAUUCACUGUUUUUUCUUCCCUUGAGUGGGCUCUCACGUAUCGUUGCCUUCUAUUAUUCGUCUUCACCUGUCUACGUGUCUUGCACUCUUGGAGUAUAUUAUCUCUUCAACUUCAUUAUUAAGAGUAUCAAUAAAUAAGCACCGAAUGGUCCAAUAUUUCUUCAAGAA